AUGUGUGUCGCCAACAACUAUAUCAACUUCGCAAACUCUAAUCAUCCACAGAUGUUCUUGUUAUCACUAUCAUUCUGCUUCUGUUUCCUGAUACGAACAGUGAUAUUCUUGUACAAUCCAAUCACUCACAAGUUUAUGAACGAGGAAGUGUUCCUCACGAUUGGCUACUUCAUACCAGACAUCAUUCCAACAUUGCUUCAAAUGUAUAUAUGGCACAGCAGGAUGAAGAGUGAAGAAGAUGGCAAGCAGUACAUCAACACAUUGUACGAGAAUGAGUUGGACGACUCUGAUGUGAUGCCCAAAGCUGCCUUCCUGCCAAACGAGUCAUCUCCACUGGUCAUCCAGUAUGAGUACUACUAG